AUGAAAUUGAUUGUGAUGAACAGAUAGUUAACCAUGGUAUUAAGGCCUCUCUAAUGGAGGAGAUGAUAAGUGCAGUAGAAGGCUUCUUCUCUCUUCCAUGGGAAGAAAAGGUGAAGUAUGCCUCUGACAAUGUUAUGAGCCCUGUACGAUAUGGCACGAGCUUGAACACGUCGGUGGCCCAUGUGCGCCAUUGGAGGGACUACUUACGCCACUACUGCCAUCCAAUUGAAAAGAACUUUCAUCUAUGGCCAGAUAAUCCCCCAAGUUACAGGGAAGUAACGAAGGAAUAUACGAAGGCACUUUGGAGGCUGAUUCUAGAUUUAGCCGGGGCAGUUUCAGAAGGCCUUGGGCUUGAAAAAGACUACUUAGAGAAGUUUAUGGGCCAAGGUUUCCAGCCAAUUGCAAAUAAUUACUAUCCCAAGUGUCCAGAGCCGCAUCUCACGUUAGGCCUCGCAGCACAUUCGGACCAUGGAUGUCUUACCAUACUCAUGGACAACGGCGUCGAAGGAUUGCAGGUGAAGCACAACGACGAGUGGGUCCCAGUCCGGCACGUGCCAGGAUCGUUCAUUGUCAACCUCGGCGACACUAUACAGAUAAUGUCGAAUGGGAGGUAUGAGAGCGUCGAACACCGGGCAGUGGUGAACGAGGAAAGAGCAAGGAUCUCCGUUGCUGUUGGCAGUGGACCCGAGCUGGAUGCAAUCCUGGCCCCAGCUAGCCAACUUGUGGAUGAAGAUGGUGGGCCCAAGUACAAGCCUGUAGUAUACAAAGACUACGUGAAGUACCAGCAAACCAUUGUCACGAGGGGAAAGACUGCAUUACAGAUGGUCAUGGCAUGACCGUCCGAUUAAGAUGCUGACUAUGAUUAUUAGAUGGAAUCAUAAGACCAUUUGAAUGGAGUAGUUGCACUUGCACGUGCCCAUCUGCGAAAGAUAGAUACAGGUGCGUGUGGUACACUUGUGUGAGAUCUGAACCGUUCAUCAAGUGGGCCUAUUGGUGAAUUGACCCCUGAGACAAAACCAGGCUGCUCCAGCCAUCAGGCAGGCCUAAGCUGUUACAAAACAAGUGGAUGUUACCAGAUAAACCAGUAGUACGCAUCUAACAUUUAUGUGCUGGCCACCUGAUAAGGAAACGGAACUGAUCUCUUCGCCAGGGUAAAUUGAAAAGGUGGCCCACCUGAUAAACAUCCUGGAUCUUGCACGUGGGUUUUACCUUAGUAUUACGAAAAGGUAAUUAUAAAUAAGUAAACACAAUGCAUUAUAAUUACAUUGACUAUUCCAUCAUAUGAGCC